AUGGUCCGAAAUGAAAACAGUCCUUUUAGCGGUUUUGUCAAUGUCGAGCCGGUAAUGAUGAUGGUUGCGGUGUCAUUAGGUCUAUACUCGACUUCAUCACCUCUAUUCAUGUAUUGGGCACGAUGCAUAGCAAUAGCUACCACUAAAGGUGUAAGUUAA